AUGGACGACGUUCAGUCACCUCCCAUCAACAUAUGGACUUUUUUCGCGCUUGCCGCCCUCGAUAUCGCCGCCAACGGCGCCGCGGGCCCAGCAGCUGUCGCGACAGCCGUCCACGUCAAUGGCGGCGUUCUCACUGCGCGAAUGCUGCAACUCGGAGCACUGGCCGGUGUCACCAAGGCAGGACUUUUGGCAUUCGUGGAGUUCCUCGGAUAUGCAGGGAUUCCGACAUACGCAUGGAUGUUGUUGAUUUUGCUGGCGAGUAGCUUUGGAGUAUGUGUUUUGAUCACGGCGGAAAUAAGCAACUUGGUGCUUGGCGAAUCACCGAGUGCGCUGCUCAUCGCAGCUGUCGUUGCCGCCAUUCCAUUGGGCGGAGAGUGUAUGGGGAUAUAUCAGUCGGCUGGAGGACUUGCUGGAGGCAAGGCCGGGUCCCAAAUCUUCGUCAUGGGCCUUGACGCUCUUGGCGGGUAUGUCUUUGCUCGGAUGGCGCACAACAUGGGCUACGACAUCUGCCCAUACAACGUCGCCGCUGCCGCCGGAGCCGUUUACGGCGCCAUUACGGGCCUUUUCCACACCAUCAUCGGUUGUAUGGCUGGGUUCACAUCAACACAUAGCACCAACGGGCAUUACACGACGACAAAUAUCUUUGGGACGACAUCUGGUUAUGACCCCAAUUGGAACAGAAACGCUAUGCACAUGUGGUAG